CCUGAAGGUCCAGACUGCUCAUUUCUCUCAUUUAGAGGACCUGUAACCCUCAGCCAUGAUUAAGAAAAUGUCUCCCUCCGAGAACGAGUUUGACAUCCCGGCGAAGAACUGCUACAGGAUGGUUAUUCUGGGCUCCACUAAAGUUGGCAAGUCGGCUAUAGUGUCCCGGUUCCUCACCGGAAGGUUUGAUGAUCAGUACACACCGACCAUAGAGGACUUCCACAGAAAACUUUACAGUAUCAAAGGAGAUGUUUACCAGCUGGAUAUUUUGGAUACCUCAGGAAAUCAUCCGUUUCCUGCUAUGAGGAGACUAUCUAUACUGACAGGUGAUGUCUUCAUCCUGGUGUUCAGUCUGGACAACCGAGAAUCGUUUAAUGAAGUGCAGCGUCUGAAGCACCAGAUCUAUGAGACCAAAUCGUGCUUGAAAAACAAGACGAAGGAGAACAUGGCCGUGCCGCUGGUGAUCUGCGGGAAUAAAGGAGACCGCGAGUUCCAGCGCGAAGUGGCGCGUGAGGAGAUCGAGCAGCUCGUGGCCGGGGAUGAGCAGUGCGCCUACUUCGAGAUCUCCGCCAAGCGCAACACCAACGUGGACCUGAUGUUCCACCGCCUCUUCGCCAUGGCCAAGCUGCCCAACGAGAUGAGCCCUGACCUGCACCGCAAAGUCUCAGCGCAGUACUGCGACAUGCUGCACCGCAAGUCCUUUAAGGGCAAGAAGCCGAAAGACUGCGAUGCGUACGGUGUGGUUGCACCUUUCGCGCGCCGCCCCAGCGUGCACAGCGACCUCAUGUACAUCAAAGAAAAGGCGGUCGGUGGCGCCCACAGCAAGGACAGGUGUGUCAUCAGCUAAGCGCGUCACUCAUGAGCGACUUCUCAGAUUGAAAAUACUCGGUUGUUGAACCGCACGCGCGAAUGGAGAGACUGAGUGAGUGCGCACGCACACGACUCGAACCGUUCGCUGGACGCCCGCUGGUCGCGCGCUUCAUUAAACCAGCGAGAUUCCCGUUAGUGGACUGACUGUUCGGCUCACUGAAAGCGCUCGGUAGUCCCGAGUAGCUGCUCGUGAGAAAAUAGUACUUUUUUUUCCAUCUGCGUUUUUAUUAUCGGUGUGGUGAAAGACGCCACGCGUGCAAAGCUGCAGUGUUAAAUUGCCUGCUAGUGUUCACUGUUUUAUAAAAUAACGUGAAAUCUUGCUUUCUGAGCAACUUGUGAAUGUUUUCUUUAUGACCAAUGUCUUUUUAAAUAAACUGCUAAACGAAUAUAUCCA